AUGUGGCGAUUUUUGAGCAGGAAGUUUUCUGAGGAUUCAAAAAUUAACCCACUAAAAUACCAGCGGCCAGGCAAAGAUCUGUACAAUGGCCCAGUAAAAGCAGAAUUUGACCAUGUAUUCACUCAAGCAGAAAAAGACUGGCUUAAUACUAACUACGAAUCCUUCAUGACAACUCCUCUUAAUCCGUCACAAAAAAUUAUCCCUAAAUAGGCCAUUUAUUGCCCGUUCCCGGCUAUAGAUCGGGCUAUACCCAAUCUUUACCGGGACACUCGAGGAGUUGUCUGUGUCAAUUUUGAGUGACGAGCUAACUCCCCAAGUUGGCAGAUAGCCACCAUAUAGUGAUUUGCCAGCUCGGGGAGUUGACUCGUCACCUUGAAGUGGCACAGACAACCCCCCGAGUUUUCCGGCAAAGAUCGGGUAUAGCCGGAAAUGGGCUAUAUCAUUUAAUUUAUUUAAAAAUCCUUGAGGUGUUAGCUCUAUAAUAAAGAAUAAUAUUUUUCGGCAGCUUCAGAUGUGCAACUCAUUUGAAGAGUUUAUGCAGAAAAAAUUCAGCUCAUACAAGCGUUUUUCAGGAGAAGGCAUGGAAUCUUUUAUUCCGUUGACUUUUUCGAUAAUUGAAGCCCAAUAUAACUUGCAUCCUCAGUCUUCAGCUAUUUUGUCAUUUCAUCAUAGAGGGAAGCUAGCUCUCCUUACAAGCUUUAUGAAUUAUCCAUUGAGGAAUGUAUUUUGGAAUAUCCAAGGCAAUUCUUUAAUGCCUCCAGAAUUAAACGAUUCUUGUUAUUAUUUUACUGAUGACGUAUCACAAAUGAUAUCAACAACUUUUGAGAGAAAAGAAUUCAAGGGGAUGAAAAUUAGUAUGAUACAUAGGCCUGCACAUUUGGAGAUUGGAGGGACUCUGGCCAUAGGUAAAACUAGGUCAAAAAUUGACUCGGGAAAAGAAGCUUUACAUUUAUGGUGAGAUGUGGUGAAUAAAAAAAAAUGGGGAGUUAUUAGGAGAAAAUAUAACUUUUGUGUAAAUUUAUAUAUAGAUAAUCACAAUAAAUACCAAAAUCCUAACUGAUGGUAGACUAUUUAUAAGGAGAACGAAAAAUCAGAAGGAUAUAGUAAAUAGGUAUAUGAUAUCAUGGGGAUGCUGCUGUUUCAGGACAAGGAAUCAUUUAUGAAGCAGCUCAAAUGGCAAAUCUGCCUGAUUUUAGUAUCAAUGGAACUAUGCAUAUGAUUUUAAAUAACCAAAUUGGCUUCACUACUGGUGAAGAGAAUUUACGGUCGACUAAACACUGCACAGAUGUUUAUAAAGUUAUUGGGGCGCCUAUAGUUCAUGUAAAUGUACUGAGCCCUGAGGAAGCUUGCAAAAUGGGUAAACUGGGAAUUUUAUAUAUACCAUUUCUUUAUAAAUUUUUCAUAAAUCUAUCUAUUAUUAAAUAGAUAUUAGCUUAUAGAAUUUGCAUAAUGACUGUAAAAUCAUAUAGAAAUAAAUUUAAAAAAGACUUUGUAGUUGAUUUGAUUGGGUAUCGAAAAUAUGGGCAUAAUGAACUCGAUAAUCCUUCGUUUACUAACCCACUUAUGUAUAAAAGCAUCAAAAAUAUAAAGCAAGCUGCAGCUUUGUACGCUGAAGAGCUCAUAAAUGAAGGAACUUUUACAGAAGCUGUCUAUAAUAAGAUAAGAAAACAACUUGAUGACCAUUUGCAAAAAGAAUAUGAAGAAAGUCUUCAAGGAAAUGUCAUAAAAUACGAAAACAAUUGAGUUAUCGAUUCUUUUAGAGGCUCAUGGCAAAACAUGACACCUCUACACAACAAAACUCAUAUUGAAAGUGGCUAUGACACCCAAAAACUCAAAGAAAUUGCUGAACUCAGCGUAAAAGUCCCUGAAGACUUCAAAAUUCACCCAAUAAUCGCAAAAGGACACAUCUCAGGUAGACUUGAAAAUUUAGCUAAAAAUAAAGUCGAUUGGGCUACAGCUGAAGCAAUGGCAAUCGGAAGUUUGCUUCAAGAAGGAUUUAAUGUGAGGAUCUGUGGAGAAGACACUAUAAGAGGAACUUUCUCUCAGAGACAUGCAGGGUUUUACUGCCAAGAAACAGAAAAGCUGCAUAUUCCUUUCCAAGACAUAAAACCUGGAAAGUUCAGAGCUGUGAGCAGCUUAUUAUCUGAAUUUGCAGUGCUUGGAUUUGAGGUAGGAUAUUCUAUGACUAUUAUUUUUUCUGAAAAAAAUGACUAUUUGAUGGCGAAAAUUUAUUUUUUUAUGCGAUUAUUUAGGUUUUAUCAGCUUAACCCAUAUUCUAUGGAUGACCCAAAUAACUUAGUUUUAUGGGAAGCCCAGUUUGGAGAUUUUGCUAAUAUGGCACAGCCAAUGAUUGAUUUAUUUAUAGCUGGAGGUGAGGCAAGAUGAAUAAGGCAGAAUGGAAUUGUAGUUCUUUUGCCAAACGGACAAGAAGGGAUGGGUCCUGACCAUUCUUCAGCGAGAAUAGGAAGAGCUUUAGAGCUUGUGAAUAAUACCCAAUCUACACAAUUUAAUAUGAGAGUUGUAAAUUCAGUCAUCCCAGCAAAUUACUUCCAUUUGCUAAGAGAACAAGUACAUAGGAAAUUUAGAAUCCCUUGUAUACUAGGGACACCUAAAAGUGGCCUAAGAAAUAAAUUUGCUAUAUCUGAAAUAGACAGCUUAGCCCCAGGAACAAAGUUUCAGCCAUUUUUCUUUAAUGAUUUGAAUGGAGGAAGUGAGAAAUUAUUUAUUUGCAAUGGUAAAAUUUACCUGGAUUUACUUCAGCAAUUCCAAAAUGAUAAAAUUUCUAUCCUGUUAAUUGAAGAGUUAAGCCCAUUUCCAUUUGAUCAGCUUAAUAAUGAGCUAAAAAGAAGAGGGUUCCCCAAACAAGCAAUUUGGGUACAAGAAGAGCCGGAAAAUGUAGGCCUGUUCAGGUAUAUUGAGCCUCAGCUUAGAAAGCUAUUUAUUGGGCCAAUUGAACUAGUUUCAAGGCCAGGGAUGAGUUGUAGCAGUGACGGAAAUAGUGUGGACUUUAAGCUCCACCAAGAAGCUAUUUACUCUGCAGUUAAAGAGCGUCUAUUAUAG